GCAAAUCCAUCAAGAAGCCAAACCAGAGACCAGAUUAGCCGCAUCUACUUCUACCUCGCUCGAUCUCCAAGGUCUCCACUAAGCAAACAAGUGAAGCAACCAUGCUGCACCAGCACCAUUACCAUGGAGGACUGGCCAGCCUUCACUGCCUCUCAGCUCCAGACCCAGCAUUCCACGCUCACUACCACAGCAACAUGGUCACCACGGCGCCCCCUCCCUUCCACUUCUCGCCUGCUACCUAUGAACCUAUCCACGAAGUACCGGCUGUCAUCGGCAAAGCCGGUUCUGGCAGUGCCGAUGACGCCUACCGCAGCCGUACCGCCAAGGCGGAGGAGGACCGGAGGCGGCGGAGGAUGGUCUCCAACCGGGAGUCCGCCAGGCGGUCGCGCGUGCGCAAGCAGAGGCAGCUCAGCGAGCUGUGGGCGCAGGUCGUCCACCUUCGUGGCGCCAACCGCCGCCUCCUCGGCGAGCUCAACCACGCAAUGAAGGGCUGCAGCGAUGUGUGCUGCGAGAACGCCCAGCUCGAGAAAGAGAAGGCCGAGCUCAAUACCAAGCUCGGCCGCCUAAUCCAAGCACAGAACACCACCACGCCAGGCUCCUCAGAGCCCCGUGAUGAUAGUGCUACUGAAUAAAUCAUUUUUAUCCUCACAUUUUUAACUACGACGAUUGUUAUUAGUAUACAAAAUAAAAUAUGUUUUGUGGUGGUUUCUUCGGUUUCUUUUUUCCUCUCUUAUGUCGUCUCUGCGUAUAUUCUAACUACCUAUUAUUAACAUCUUUUUUUAAUCAAACGUACAGUAGCAACAGCACAUAGAUGGAAAAACAAUAAACUGUCGAAAACCAUCAGGGAAUAAGAGGCCUUACGAUUGGUUUCUUCCAAACAAAUGAUGCUUUCCACUGAAAAUGAUGUGGUGGGUGGGGUUGCACAUGUUGCAGCUGUAACCUUGCUCGCUUCAGCUCUUCUUCAGUAGUUUAAUUUUUAGAAGCUGUAUUUCCAUCA